AUGUACCAUUUCAGACAAAGCAAUGUAAUCGGUGCAGAUGGAUUCUUUCCUGCUGCGCGCGCCGCAACCGUCGCCAUCUGUCGUAGGCGCGGGAGGAAGCCGGAUAUCGACGGCGAAGCGCGGGCAAAUGGAUUCAAUGCAUCACGUGAGCUGCCGUCAUCGGGCAUUACGGUGCCAGCGACGGAGCCCGCGUAUCGGAAAGUUUCGUCGGCCUACACCGCCUUUACUACGGCGCCCGCCGCGCCGCCGCGUAACGGUGUGGCUUUGGGCCGUCAUUCCCAAACAUUAUUUCGACCUCGCCCCCCGCCCCCGCUCCAGCCAUUCGCGCCAAAUCCGAUUCACCUCUCGCGGCGCGUCAUCACCAGCGGGCGGGUGGCGCGGGGCGAGGGACGCGGGGACGAGGCGCGUAUUCAUGAGCAGCGGAACCCGGGCUCAGCGCGCGCCGCAAAGAGGGAAGAAUGGAGUGAAGGAGCUGAAGGUGUGUUGUCUUCUACAGAGAAGGCAUUUGUGUCUCUAGGUGCGACGCGGACCGAUGAGGUUAGUUACAUCAUUGUUAUCUUUUUGGUGGCGUGAUUUCUUCAUAACAAGUGGGUGAGUGACGUUUGUAUCCAGUGAUUCCUCCUGUAAAUUGG